AUGAGCUUCGCCAACUCGACCAAGGUCGCACUUGACCUCAGGGGCGCACGGCUCUCGCUCGAGCGCGAGGCGCUGAUGGAGCUGCCCGAGUCGGUCCUCCUCUGCCUCUUCCCGAACGGUGUGGUGCUCAGCCCGCAGCGGCAGCCGCGAGGAGAGGGCGAAGAGGAGGACGAGGAGGCGGAUGUGUACUACGUCGACUUCGACGCACGAUGCCUCGAGUUUGUGCUCGACUUUUUCGCGACGGCGCGCGAGGCGUUUUACGGCCCGCCAGACGGUCCUCGCCGCGACCUCUCCAUCACCUCUCCUGUCGCCCAGUCCAACAUGUCGAACCCGCUCUUCCUCAAGCAGGCCAUCAUCGUCCUGCGCGAGGAACUCGAGUACUUUGCAAUCCCGCCCGGCAAGAACGAGGUCGGCACAAAGGAUGGCGAGCGAGCUGGCAUGGACGAGAACGGCAAGCCCAAUGCGGCUCUGACGCAGCUAAAGAUCGACUGCGGCAACUCUCUCCUCGACCAGCGGAGCAUCUUUACGGCGUUGCAGCGAAACGUCAGCCGGGAUAACAACGUGGCGGAGCAGCACCUCAUCGACAUGCUUUGCAUGAGCGGCUUUGAGCGCGACGACGUCUGGGGCUACCGGUCCAUCGAGCCGAACCGCUGCUGUAUCGCCUCGAUCGCCCUCGUCCUCCUCAAGACCGGCAUCGUCCACCCUCCCCUCAGCGGCUCUCCUCCCGUCUCUCCCUCGGACGAGAGCGGCCCCGACGCGAUGGCCUCGAGCGAAGAAGGCGGCGGCGUGCAGGUCAACACGCAGCAGCUCGCGACGGCGCAGAAGCUGCUCCUGUUCUGGCGCAAGCCGGCGAGGAAGGCGUGGUGGGACUCGACGGACGUCACGGUGCGCGGCAAGAACGUCAAGGUGUGGGCGCGGCGGGUGUGGACGCUCGAGCUGAGCCUGAUCUGA